AUGCUGGAAUUCAUGGACAAUGUGCAGAAUGCUUUCUAUGAAGCUUCUCACUGGAACGUCGAUAAUUCUUAUGGCGCAUUGAACAACAGUGCUCGAGCGUUACUCGACUUCAAUGUACCAAGAGGUCUCCGUCUCCAGAUCUCCUCACUCGCCGCACCCAACUUCGCGACCUCGUAUACGCUAGGCAAUGUAGGCGUCGUAGAUGGCUCAGUCUCAUACCUGUACUCCUCGCUGCCACUGCGCAAGGACUUCAGGAGCUCUCAAAUCGAUCUACAUCAGGUGAUUAAGGGAUACAAGCUUCUGAAGGAACUGCGGAAACCAGACGAGAAGUGGUGGUCGGAAAUAUGGCAGGCAGGGAGGCGAGUCGAUCGGAAGAACACCCUUCUGUACGGGCGCAUAUUUCUCCCGCAGUCGCGGCUGGAAGCCCUGUAUCUGCGGCGCCUCACGCCCACCCGUCAGCUUAGGAUCGCUGCCGUGAGCGACUCCAACCUCAACAAUGGCGGGACGAUCCUUACCUUGCUACAAAACGACUUUGGCAAGUAUAGUACCGAGUACAUGUACAGCACAGACUCGGCGCUGUUGGGUCUACGAGGGCUAUAUAAUUUUGGUCCAGAUCCUAGGAAUGCGCCGACUGAGCCAACGCUUGCACAAGAGGUGGAUCCUGUACACGGUCGCUUCAGUGCUGGAGCAGAACUGUACUAUGGCAUACUUAACAAAAGCGGGGGGAUCAGUACAGGCCUACGCUUCACAACCUUACCCAACCAUCCGGGCUUCCCGUAUACCAUGACGCUUACGUUGAACCCGUUGAUGGGAAAUCUAUCUUCUACCUACGCUGUCAAGGCUGGGCCCAACUUGGCGCUCUGUUCCCGGUUUGAUUUCAACUUCUACUCAUACGAAAGCGAGUUGCAACUUGGCUGUGAACUGUGGCGGCGACGCAGCACGACCGACGUUGAGUGGGCGGUCAGGAAGCUGCGCCCAGACUGGAAACGGCCUACCCUAUCGUCUGAUGACGAUGUUGCCGGCGUGCUCAAAGCCAGAGUAGACCAGGAUUGGCGCAUUGGAGUCCUGUGGGAAGGCAGGAUAAAAGAAAUGCUCUUCACGCUCGGUGCGAGUCUAGACCUGAAGAAACGAGAGCAGAUCUUCCGAUCUGUUGGACUCGAGCUGCAGUACUCAUCCUGA